AUGCCUUUCGAAUUUGAGGUUCCCGAGAAACAGUCGGUCAGUGAGCCGUACUUUGACACUGGUGACUACCAUAUGCCCAUCACGGCCAAGAGCACGGAAGCUCAGGGAUGGUUCAACCGCGGCCUAGUCUGGACUUACUCAUUCAAUCACGAAGAAGCCUGCCGAUGCUUCAUGCAAUGCAUCGCCCACGAUGCCGAUUGCACCAUGGCCUACUGGGGAUUCGCUUACGCUGCAGGAGCCAACUAUAACAAGACCUGGGCAAUGUUUGACCGCGAUGAUCUUGCAAAAGCUUUUCCAAAGUGUCACAAGGUUGCUCAAAUUGCUUUAAGCAAGACGGGUCAUGUUUUGCCGCUGGAGAAGGCCCUGGUUGAAGCUUUGCAGAAACGGUAUCCUUCUAGUGACAUUCCCGACGAUUUCGACUCGGUCAACAAGGUGUACGCUGAUGCCAUGCGAGGUGUGCACGAAAAGUACAAAGAUCAUCUUGAUGUAGUGGCUUUAUUUGCCGACGCUCUUAUGAACUGGAAGCCACGAGAGAUGUUUGAUGUUAAGACUGGCAAGCCUAUUGCCUCGUCGCCGGUUUUUGAGGUGCGUGCCAUUUUGGAGAGGGGCAUGGCUAUGCCAGGUGGACUACGACAUAUCGGCAUUCCUCACCUUUAUAUCCACCUCAUGGAGAGGUCGGAUGAACCCGAGGCUGCCUUGCCAGCUUGCGACAUCAUCCGCGACCUGGUCCCUGAUGCUGGUCACAUGUCUCAUAUGCCAACGCAUAUUGAUGUCCUUGUCGGUGAAUAUAGGCGCUCUAUGACAUACAACCACAAGGCCACUCUGGCCGACGACCGUUACUUCGCUAAGUAUGGAGGUGUCAACUUCUACAGCUUCUAUCGACUCCACGACUAUCACUCUCUCAUCUAUGCUUGCAUGUUAGCAGGGCAAAAGGAGAAGGCUUUGGAGGCAUGCGACCGAAUGGAAGCAACAAUCACCGAGGAGAUGGUCACUGUGAAAUCGCCUCCAAUGGCUGAUUGGCUCGAGUUCUUCCUCGCUGUUCGCGUCCAUGUUUAUAUCAGAUUUGGCAUGUGGGAAGAGAUCCUCGGGCUGGAUAUUCCAGAGGAUAAGGAACUCUAUUGCGUCACUACAGUCAUGGCGUAUUACGGAAAGGGUAUCGCUUUUGCCUCGCUGAAUAAACUCGAGAAAGCUGACGCUCAGCGUCGUCUUUUCCGUGAAGCCGCUAAGCGCGUCCCAGUCUCGCGUCUCGACUACCCUAAUCGUAUAGUUGAUGUAUUAAGGGUAGCCACUGCUAUGUUGGACGGAGAGAUUGAGUACCGACGUCAGAACUAUGACGUGGCUUUCGAGGCACUGAGACAGGCUAUCAAGGCCGAAGACGCGCUGAUGUAUACGGAGCCUUGGGGGUGGAUGCUCCCUGCCAGGCACCCAUAUGGAGCGCUGUCUCUCGAGCAAGGCAUGGUUGAACAGGCGGCGAAUGCUUACGCUGAGGACCUUGGUCUACGUGAAGGCCUGACUCGCGGGCACCAGCACCCGAGAAACGUCUGGGCUUUGCAUGGCUAUCACGAGUGCCUUAUGCGUCUUGGGAGAGAUUCAGAGGCUGUUAUUAUCAAAAGCUUGCUUAAAUUGGCCCAGGCCGAGGCAGAAGUUCCUGUUGGUUCAUCUUGCUUUUGCAGACUUGGUAACCCAAGUGGUUGCAAGGAGGAUUCGAACGAUUGUAAAAGGAUCAACACUUAG